AUGUUCAUUGAUAACUCAAUAAGGCUUCUUAGAAUUGAUUGUCGAUUUAUUUUUCUCUAUCAUUUACUAGGUAUUCUCGUUCAACGCGAUGAAGAAGCCAUCACUAAUCCAACAAAAGGCUUAACACUUUUGAGCCUUACUAAUACUAUCAUAUCCUAUGAUUCAUUUAUUAAUGCAAUCAAUGUAGCUAAAACUGAUCGACAAUUACAAGGAGAAUUCACAUCUCUAAACGAAGUUUAUUAUGUAACUGGUACUCUAUCAGGUGAACGUAUAAAUGCUGUUAUACCAUUGUACAUCAAUGAUGAACAUAUGAAACGAAUACGAAUACUUGAAGGUAUAUGGCUCGGGUAUCUCUAUACAUUAGAUAGUGUUGGAUAUGAUAAACAACAAGAAGUAGGUCUUUUAAAAUUACUCUAUCAAAUAAUUCAACAACGUACAGAAACGCAACGACAAAAACAAAUUCUUAAUGAACUAGAAAAAGUAUGUCAAUUCAUUAUAAAUGAAUCACAAGGAUUUAAAACAGCUGAAAAACAUGGUGAGAAAACAUAUGAAAAAUUAUUAAGUCGACAAGUUAUUGUUAGUAAUGAAGAAUAUGAUUUAUGCACACCAUUGAUGAUUGGUUAUUUGAAAAAUAAUGUCACAUCGAUUCUCUUACCCAUUUAUUAUGAAUAUCUUAGACAAGAAUAUCAAAAGAACUACACAAAAAGAUCGUUGAAAGCAAAACAAACUGUUGAAAAUCUUAUCUACGGUUCUAAAGAAAAGCGUUUUACAGUAGCAAUUAGUUCCAAAAAUCAAAAUAAUUCUACUGAAAUAAAUAAGGAUCCUGACUACAUUGAAAAAAGUUUUAUUGAUUAUUUCCAUGAUGAAUUACAAGAACCAAUUCAGUUAAUAGCUGAAAACAUUAAACAUGAAAAUCGUCGUCUUAUGAUACUUGAUGAAAUUGAGCUUGAUUAUAUCAAAAGCUUUCUAUUACCAAUACCCAAUUUUCUAAAAACUAUGUUUAAUUAUUGUCAAAUUAAAGAAGAUUACAUUGAAACUAAUUUAGAUUAUGAACAUUUGAGAUGGGAACUAUUAAUUAUAUUUUAUUAUUUAAUUUAUUUAGACACAUCUGGUGGAGGGUUACAAAAUUUACCAAAUAAAGACCAUAUCUUAUCUGUAAUUGAUGCAAAACUACAAAGUGGUAAAGAUGAAACUAUUGGUUUUGAUGAAUCAUUGGAGAAUAUACGUCUUGUUAGUUAUGUUGCUCUCAAUUGUAAGACACUUGAAGGAUUUGCUGGUGUAAUGCGUAAAUAUUGUCCACAACAUCGUGGCCCAAUAUUUACUGAAAUUUUUAAGAAACUGCUCUUAUCAUUUGAUAGCAAGGAUAAUGACGCUGAAGUAACGGUAACAAAUAAAGACAAAUUGAUUGCUUUGCUUGCAAACAAAAUUUCAACAAGUAUCACGACAAAGAAAGUUUACAAUAAUAUGCCUGAUCAUUACUGUAGUUCGAAUUUUCAACAGCGACUAUGGGAUUUACGUGAUUAUCUUGAGAGGAAAAACGUUGCUAAAAUUGAACUUCGUAUUAUUGACAAAAUCGUCAUCUAUAGUCGUCGUGUAUCACCUAUAACUGGCCGAAGUUGCAGUAGAGGAAGAAAACUUCGUUAUAUUUUGUGGUGA